AUGUACAGUGGAGCUGAGGUGGGGCUCUGGGCGUUGACGGGUCUCCUGGGCGUCACCACCGUCUUCUUUAACGGCUACAUCCUGCUGAUGAGUCUGUGGAACUACAAAAAGAACAACAAGUGGAGUCCCAGUGAAACCAUCAUCGUGGCUCUGUCCAUCGCCAGCAUUGCCCACCAGCUGAUCUGCUACUUCUGGAUGACCAUGGACGAACUGGACCAUAAGUGCCGCAUCGUCCAGAUCCCUUACACCAUCAUGGUGCUGCUGGUCUUCAGUCUUAAGUUCACUAUCAUGUGGGACAGCAGCUUCCUGACGUUUUACUACAGCACCAAGCUGGUCACCACCCCCAACAACUGCUACACCAACAUCCAGGCCGUCAUCCUCAAACACGUCACUUUAGCCGUGUUUCUCAUCCCUCUGAGCGGCCUGGGUACGUGCAUGCCCAUGAUGGUGGUGUUCCACCCUGAUAACCACACCACAGCCAACCAGGACUGCGGCGUGAUAAUGCCUGACACCCUCCCCGGUAAGGUCUACGAAGUCCUCUACCUGAUCGUCUCUGAUGUCCUGCCGGGGCUCAUCAUGAUAAAAUGCUGCAUCUCCAUCUCCACCCACUUGGCCAUCCACCUGCGCCACAUGAAAGCCAGCACCAACGGAGCCCACGCCCCUAAACUGGGCUCACAAAUGAGGGUGAUCCGGAUGGCUCUGUCCCUCGUGGCUGUCUUCAUCCUCUUCCUCAUCAUCGACCUGUACGUCAACUACCAGAUCGCAGUUGAACACGAGAACAUCAUCAUGCUCACGUUCUUCUUCACGUCAGUUUACACCACCGUCACCGCCAUGGUGCUGAUCUACGGGAAGAAGCCUUUCUGGAAGGCUCUCAUCCACGAGUUCAACAUCAGCAUGGACGUAUUCCCGUGUUUGUCGUGUCUGAAGGUGCCAGAACAAAAGGCCAAAUCCAGCUCUCCUGCAAAAGUAAAAAACUGA